AUUUUUUACACUUCAGUUAUAAGCAGUUCAACCACACUAGGCUGCUAGUGAGACUAAGUAAUCCGCUGUAGCCCUGGAUAACUGUAGAUCACACCACAUGAUAUAACUGUGGCGUUAUUAGAAGCGUGUACAUGUGGGAGAGGGAAAGCGUGUUCAUAUCGCCACCUGAAAACGCAAAUAUUCUCCACUCUGCGCUCGUUUUCCAGACUCUCACUGUGCAUUGUGUGGGCCUCGCUGUUUGUUUGGAAACAAGCGGUAUUGCAGCUUUUAGUGAAAAGGGAAAAGAAGUGAAGAGAGUGAGAGAAAGAGAGAGUGUUAGUGCAGGCUUUGCGGACUGCAGGCCCGAGUGAACACUGCUGCGAAACCCGGCGCUGCAAACACACAGACAUGGCCAACAUCGCCGUGCAGAGAAUCAAACGGGAGUUUAAAGAAGUUCUCAAAAGCGAAGAGACGAGUAAAAAUCAGAUUAAGGUGGACCUGGUGGAUGAAAAUUUCACAGAGUUAAAAGGGGAGAUUGCAGGACCUCCGGACACGCCAUAUGAAGGUGGCAGGUAUCAGCUUGAAAUCAAGAUCCCAGAGACGUAUCCGUUCAAUCCGCCGAAGGUGCGGUUUAUUACAAAGAUUUGGCAUCCCAAUAUAAGCUCGGUUACUGGGGCAAUAUGUUUGGACAUUCUGAAAGACCAGUGGGCUGCAGCGAUGACUCUGCGCACAGUUUUGCUCUCACUACAGGCUUUACUAGCUGCAGCCGAGCCCGAUGACCCUCAGGACGCUGUAGUAGCCAAUCAGUAUAAACAGAAUCCUGAGAUGUUCAAACAGACCGCUCGGCUGUGGUCUCAUGUUUACGCUGGCGCUCCCGUCUCUAGUCCUGAAUACACACGCAAAAUAGACAAACUCUGUGCCAUGGGCUUUGACAAAAACGCAGUAAUAGUAGCUUUGUCUUCGAAGUCAUGGGAUGUGGAGACGGCAACAGAACUUUUGCUUAGCAACUAAAACUUCACUCAUCAUCUUUAGGCCACAAUUUCACAAUCCACUUUUUUUUCCCCAUCCAAGCAUGUAUUGAGAUCAGCUCACUGUAACAGAAUAAGAUUGGCCUGGUUUUAUCCAGGUUUUAAAAUCUACUCCAAAAACAAUGUGUCUGUCAUGGGGGAUCACAGUAACGGAAGUGUUACGUUCCCAGUGCUAAUGCAAAUCAUUCAAAUUACUCACUAGCUUGAGCCAAAUUAAGUGAUGAAGCAUGAAACUGCCUCAUCAUGAACUGAUUUUGACCCUGCUGCCGUAUGACUGUGCAGUUAUUGCUGUUUAAAUGGUCUUUUUAAAAGCCAUACAAUGGCCUCCUCCACCUUUCUUCUCACCUUUCUUCUCACCUUUCUCUCACGCUUGUGGUCCAUUUCCAAAAAGAACCAAAUGAAGGGAAGCCUGUUUGACUGCCACUUUAGACGCUCCACAAGAAAGACAGCUGCUUGCAUGGGUGAAACAAAGAUUGAUGGUGUAAAUAGGUAUAUUAAAGGUUUGUGUACAUUCAGGAUAAAGAAGAGUGGGAAAGAAAUGUUAGUUUUUCUGACUGCACAUUGUAAAAACGUAUGUUUCAUGGAGUUGCUAGGGAGGAAGAAUCAGGUCAAGACCCUUCAAGAUUAAACAGCCUUCACUGUUUUCAUAAAACUAAAACAUUUACACAUAAGCAUAAAAAGAUUGGCCAGAUGACAUGGUGUGAUGUUACUGCUUAAUAUCUAACAUCUGAUUUCUGAAUUUUUAGUAGUUGGUUGAACAAUAUUCAAGUCCUGGAAGUGGGGGAAUGAAAGGAUGGGGUAUGAUUGGUUUUUAAUUUAUUUAGCCAUAUAUAAUUAACUUUCUCUCAAUGUUCUUCACCUUUUGGGUGAGUCUACACUAAUGUUGCCUUUUCUGAUUUUCCCUUUUUGGUUGUAGCUCUAAAUUAUCUUGGAGCCGUUGAAACGCAUUUCCCUUAUGAAAUUAAUCAUCUUUUCUUUUGCACCAAUGUCAAAAUUUCUAGCAUCAGCAUCUGUUUAACCAGUAAUGCCAAGAAAUGCAGGUGAGGUAUCAGUGAGGGACUUUCUCUGACUGGAACCCAUUCAUGUUGCUGAAUGGUUCUGAAGCCAGAUUACUGUCUCAUUUCAGUAAAUUUUGUUUACAGAUAACUUUUUUUUGGAGGCUGUAUCAAUUACUUCCAAGUAUCCAAGACCCAUAAUUAUCUAAUGUUAUGUAAUCAGACACAGACUGGUCUAGGGAAUAAACAUUGCUCACAUUUGAUUUUUGGGUUAGAAAUAUCAGCACUCUGUGGGCUUAGACUGACUGUCAGUACAUAUAUUAAAUACCAUUGUUACCAUUAUCAGAUUUUUUUUUUUUUGCCUUUUAGUCUUCGAAGAAAAGAUUAGCUACACACUGAAUGUGCUGGAGCGGAAUGUUGAAUUCUCAACCCAUCUUUGAAUCCUUAAAUUAGCAGCAUCCACCCACCUUCCCAUGCUUGGAAAAAACAAACAAACAAAAAAAACCAGCUGAACCAUUCUCACUCUUGCACACACACACGCACAAAACUUCCCUUCACUUGUACAUAAUGCCAAGUCCCUUUCUUUAAGUAUUGGCCAUCCUCUCAGUGCACCAUUGAUGGCUUGGUUUCUGUUUUGUACGAAAACAAACAAAAACAAAAAAAGUCUGUCUUCCUGUAGUAAUGACCAUGUUCAAUAUUGCACGAAGAAACAGCUAAAGGGGGGCAUCUCUUCUCUGUUAGGAAGUGGAAAAAAGUCAAAAUUUAAGCAAUCUGUACAAGCAUGGUUAUUUAUUGUGAAACUAUCAUUUCUUUGAAUAAAAAAUGCUUGAAAAAUGAAA